AUGUCUUUUCCAAAUUCUAGGGGUAGCAUCUCGUCUAAUGGAAAAUACCCCUACGCAGUCGACACUCCCGAAAUCAGCAUCGAGACCGCUCCAACAUGGGACAGCCAGGCAGAGGACGGCCUGCCACCAGGAGAAAUCGAUCACAAAUCUUUCACCUAUCCCGCCAUCGAAAUGGCAUAUAACUGUGCCGUGGACAACAAAUCAAUCGCGCCAUGUUCGCGGAUUAUCGUGAGGGAGAGUAUUCAUCGAAGUCCUCCAGGCCAAUUUGACGAUGACCGUUGGCAUUGCACGGUUGAUUAUGUGGAAAUCGAUGAUCAGGAGGAGGAAGAUGAGGUGACGCCUGAGAAGGGCAGGAGAUGGACGGCGCAUGUGAGGGUUAAGUGGGUUAAUCCACCGCUGACGAAAGAUGAUAAAGGUGUGAAGAAGCAGAAGAGGAAGGAUGGCUUUCAGUGGGAGGGGGAGGAUAUUUUUUGGCUGCAGAGGCCGAAGAAUAAGGGGAAGAAGGCACCGGUUGAGGCGGCUCUAGUGCAGAAGGGGAAUUGGGCGAAGGGGUUUGAUAGUGAGGAGGAGGUUGAUAGUGAGGAGGAGGUUGAAGAGGAAGAGCCAUCGGAGGGAGAGGGAGAAGAGGGAGAAGGGGAAGAGGGAAAUGCCGGACAGGAAGAUGGGGAAGAGGGAGAAGGGGAAGAUGAAGAUGAGGAUGAGGAGGAAGUAAAGUGA